AAGCCAAUUCAAAACCCUGUAACUUCAGCGACUGCAAUCAUGAAGGCCUUUGUACUCUCAAUGAACAAAAUGAAAAGUUAUGCUCUUGCAUAGGAUCAAAAUAUUUCCAGGGACCCAACUGCUCGGAAGUUAUAGAUCUAUGCCAAAUUGAAAGUCCCUGUAAAAAUGGUGGCAUUUGUAAACCUAUAAUGGGACAGUUUAUAUGUAAAAAUUGUAAUUUGGGUUUUGGUGGUCUAUGGUGUGAUUUAGAAGUUUCUGAUGUUUUCGAAAAUAUGUUGUUGUACUUUAAUCAUUAUGGUUAUUAUGGAGAAACACACAAAUUUCUUAUAAUGAUAGAAAAAUUGGGUGAAAGAUCAUUUUCUUUGGAAUUUGUGGCCGAUAAUUAUGCCAUUGAAAGUUUUGAGACAAAACUUGGUAAAAUAGAAAAAUGGGUUUACACCAAAGAUUUGCCGAGUGUUAUAAAAAAGUUGGGCAUUAGAUAUUAUCAGGAUAUGCCUUAUACCAAGGGCUAUUACCAUAUAGCAUCGGAAACCUUUUGGGACUUGGGUCAAUUGGCUUUAACUUUACGCUGCUAUGAUACUGAAACAGCAGCUUUAUUUUUCUAUCAAAACCAAUUUGAUAUAUUGAUUACACAACGUAAGGUAUCAUGCGUUCCGGAGUUACAUUUUAUUCAUGGAGCAAAUCCUCUUGAGCCUUUAAUGGUGGAUAUAGCUAAUUACAAUAAUUUUGAAAUUAUUUUAAAGAAAAAAUGUUUCGAAAACUCUGCUUCCCAUUAUCAGUGGAGUGUUUUUAACAGUAUUGGUUCGGUGAAACUACAUGAUUUUGGUUCUACUAAUGAACUUAUUCUGAAGAUUAAACCCUAUAAAUUAUGGUUUAAUUAUCAUGGUGAGGUGAUGUCUUCGUAUAGUAUAGUAGUCAAGAUGUUGGAAAAACAUGGAGGAAAAAGAAGUGAAAGUCAAACUAGAUGUUUUAUUUUCGUUUUACCUAAACCAGUGACCGCUGUAAUUAAAGGUGGUAAUUACCGAGAAAUUGGCAUUAAUCAAGACAUUACUUUGGAUGCUUCAUAUAGUCGAGAUUUUGCUUUGGAUCCUACUGCUUGGCAAGAUCUGUUGUAUAGAUGGGAUUGUGUUUCAGAAGAUAAUUCCAUUUCUGUUUAUUGUAAAAAUAAUAUGAGUUCAUUUGAAAAUCAUCAAACUCAGGGACAUUUGCAUGUUACCACUUAA